CAAAGUCAUAUGUUGAGCAGGCGUAGACAUGCUUGUACACAGAACACAGGCUGAAGCUGAUGAUAAUGAUGAUGAUGAUGAUGAUGAUGUUGAAGGUGAUGUGGAUAACACUGAUGCUUUUGAAUAAAUCUGUUUCUACACAGAACAGUGAUGUCUCUCAGCCUGACCCAUGGAUCUCUGCUGGUGUUGGUGACAACGUGACUCUGAGCUGCUUUAAGCUGAACGACGAUAACUCUGGAUCUGUCGUUUGGUACAAACAAAAAGUCGGACACGAGCCUCGCGUAAUAGUCGCAGUUCAACAUGAACAUAUUUAUGAAAAUGAGUUCAAACCACCAAAAUUCAGCAUCGAGAAAACUAAAAAAAGCUGCCAUUUAAAAAUCGCUAACGUGGAACCAUCAGAUGAAGCCGUGUAUUACUGUGGAUACAGAAGAUUUUUAACGAGGUUUGGAAAUGGAACAUUUUUAUCAGUCAAAGGUACUGAAGAUGUAAAAGUGAGUGUGAGGCAGAGCGGCGUGUUGGACUCGGUUCCUGCAGGAGCCUCAGUGACUCUGCAGUGCUCGGUUCUCUCUGAGAGCAGAGCAGCAGAACUCCAAGUGCUCUGGUUCAGAGCUGCUCCACCACAAUCCCAUCCUCAAAUCAUUUACACUCAUCACAACAGCAGCCGUCAGUGUGAGAGCGGCUCUUCUACACACACCUGUGUGUACAACUUCUCCAAGAACAUCCUCAGCCUCAAUGAUACUGGAACUUACUACUGCGCUGUGCUCCUGUGUGGGAAGAUCAUCUUCGGGAACGGGACACAAAUACAGAUAUUCCAGGAGAGAUCUACAGAUCCUGUAGUGAUGUUCCUCGCUGUAGCUUUGGCACUGUGUGUGGUUUCCAUCUUCGCUUUGAUCUUUGUUCUAACCUGUAAAAGGAGAAACUGUGAACGAAGCAGCGUGAGAUUAAAACCGGGUUCUGAGACGGACAAGACGCUAAAUCAGGACUGUAACAACGAGGAGCUGAAUUACGCUGCCUUAUAUUUUAAUGAGCGGAGAGUGAAAAGAGGAAGAGGCAAAAAACAGCAGCCUCAAGAUAUUAUCUAUUCUGAUGUACGAGUUCUUUCUUGCUUUCGACUGGGAGAGAAAAGCACUGAAGCCAUUUACUGGUUCAAGCAAAAAGUCGGACAUGAGCCUCGGGUAAUGGUCAAAGUUCAUCAUGAAGCCAGUUAUGAAGAUGAGUUCAAGCCACCGAAAUUCACCAUUGAGAAAGAAAAAAAGAGCUGCCAUUUAAAAAUUGCGAAUGUGGAACCAUCAGACGAAGCCGUGUAUUACUGCGGCAUAGUAAGUUACAUAAAAGAAUUUGGACAAGGAACAUUUUUAGCAGUGAAAGGUACUGAAGAUGUAAAAGUGAGUGUGAGGCAGACCGGCGUGUUGGACUCGGUUCCUGCAGGAGCCUCAGUGACUCUGCAGUGCUCGGUUCUCUCUGAGAGCAGAGCAGCAGAACUCCAAGUGCUCUGGUUCAGAGCUGCUCCACCACAAUCCCAUCCUCAAAUCAUUUACACUCAUCACAACAGCAGCCGUCAGUGUGAGAGCGGCUCUUCUACACACACCUGUGUGUACAACUUCUCCAAGAACAUCCUCAGCCUCAAUGAUACUGGAACUUACUACUGCGCUGUGCUUCUGUGUGGGAAGAUCAUCUUCGGGAACGGGACACGUAUACAGAUGGGUGAGAACUUCAAGCCUUACAUCUCAAAGUGCAAUGCAAAGGAUCGGAUGCAGUGGUGUAAAUCACGCCAUCACUGGACUCUAGGAUCUCUAUCAGGUAAUCCAAUGGAUGAAUCUGGGUUUGCUGUUGCCAGGAGAACGGCUCAGUGUGUUGAAAGGACAUGCUCAUGCACAAGCCUGGGGUUGGAGAUGAUGAUGCUGAUGUGGAUUACAUUGGUGCUUUUUCGUCAAACCGGUUCUGCACAAAAGAACGUCCUCCAUCAGCCAAACUCUGUGAUCACUGCUGCUUCUGGUGAAAACGUGACUCUACAGUGCAUUCGAACGAACAAAAAAAGCACCGAUCCUAUUAUUUGGUACAAACAAGCAGCAGGACACGAGCCUUGUGUAAUUGUCACAAUUCAAAAACUAGCACCAAAUCCUAUUUUUGAAGAUGAGUUCAAAUCCCCGAGGUUUAGUGUUGAGAAUUUAAAAGAAAGCUGCAAUUUGAAAAUUAAUAACAUGGAACCGUCAGAUGAAGCCGUGUAUUACUGCGGAAUAAAGAUAUUUACAAUACAGUUUGGGAAAGGAACAUUUUUAUCAGUGAAAGGUACUGAAGAUGUGCGUUUCUCUGUGUGGCAGAGCGGCGUGUUGGACUCGGUUCCUGCAGGAGCCUCAGUGACUCUGCAGUGCUCGGUUCUCUCUGAGAGCAGAGCAGCAGAACUCCAAGUGCUCUGGUUCAGAGCUGCUCCACCACAAUCCCAUCCUCAAAUCAUUUACACUCAUCACAACAGCAGCCAUCAGUGUGAGAGCAGCUCUUCUACACACACCUGUGUGUACAACUUCUCCAAGAACAUCCUCAGCCUCAGUGAUACUGGAACUUACUACUGCGCUGUGCUCCUGUGUGGGAAGAUCAUCUUGGGGAACGGGACAUCGGUACAGAUGGAGAACUUUGCAGCGUCUUAUAAUCCUGUAGUGAUGUGUCUGGGAACAGCGCUGGUAAUGUGCGGGAUUCUGAUUUCUGUUCAAACUGUUUUACUCUGUAAAAGAAAAUACGGUCCACAACACAGAGAGAGAAUUCAGCAUGAUGCCGUGAUAAACACUGACGAGACGAACGCUCAGGUUAAUUAUGCUGUAGAGCUGAAUUACGCUGCCUUACAUUACAUUGAAAGGAAAAUUAAAAGAAUGAGAGGAAAUCGAGGUCCAUCUCAAAACAGUGUUUACACUGAAGUGAAAUAUUCCACCAUUUCACACUUAAAAUAAUCUUUAAUAUUAUUGUGUCUG